CGACGACCUUGUGGUUGGCUGGGCACAGCGGGAAUUCGAUAUGUCGGAAUGUGACGCGGAUGCGGUAGCGGGGAUCGUGGCGAACGUGACGCGAUUCAAUGCGCAGUGCAAACCUGAGCUGCUCAACGCGAUGACGUCAGUUUGGUUGCGUAUCGAAAUCGCGUCGGGCUUUGAGAUUGUGCGCUUUCGCGUAAAGGUGCCUAUAGUUAGGCCUCCUUCACUCCUUCCUCAGCCUCUUUCUCUUUCCCCCGUUGCUGGCGCGCUGGUCCGACAAGCAACCUUACGAAGGCACCGGUGCCAAUCUUCGCUCUUUUCAUAGCCCUUCACACUAGCUGAGCUAAUGAUGCGCCCUUUGUUCACCUUGAUCUCAUUUGCUCUACUUGCUGCGUGCGUGUUGGCUGCCCCUGCAUCCGUGCGCUGGGCAGUCAACUGCGCAAUUAUUGACGAUGGGUCGCGGCUGCUCAGCACAAGCGCCGCGCCAGGAGACUUUGCGGUGUGCACGUACAAGGAUGCCGGGCCGUGUACUUAUUUUGCUGCACAUGGAUCGUUUUCGUCCGGAUCGAGUACGUGUCCUAGUCCAUAUCGACAUGUGCUGUUUGCAACCUUUCUGCUCUCGACUACAUUUGCCUGUACUGCCACACCGCUCACGUAUGGGUACCGGCUAUUCAACUGCGAGGAGUACCCCAAAACCACCUACCAUAUGGGGCGAUGGCGACGCGUGCGCGGUGCCCACGAUCGAGGCAAGGACAGUGACGGACAUCACUGGAACCCUCGCUUUUCGUCUCUUUAUCACUGUACUGAUCAACCUCUGUAGAAGCGUCCAAAACUGGGAUGACGACUUUGAAUUCAACGCCCAAAGCGCGCGAAGCUCACCGUCCGACGCAUCCACCUCUCACGAUCACGACAUUCGCUCUUCACCACCACGUCCAGAACACGUCCACAAGGAGUCCCAGAAUAGCGCCGAGAACUGGGACGACUUCUACCAAGACGAAACGACGCACGCAGCGACAUCUCUCCCAGUGCAUGCACAAGCACCGCAUCACGCAUCCUCCGGGUCCUCUGCUCACGGAGACGAUGAAGGCAUCAACUCACGGCCUCACUCUGCUCAUCUCCCCUAGUGGUAUUGGCCCCGAAAUAAAUGAUCUCAUUGCACACGGGGAUCCCAAGCUCAAAUCUCAACCAAAUUUCUUGAAACCUGGCUUGGUUGGGGGGCGGGGGCU